AACAAUGGUCACCGAUGCACACUACAGAAAUCUGAUAACAUAACCCUACUCAAGAUCCCCUCCCCGAUCUCUUUCUCUCUCCAUAUCUCGCCAUCACCGUCACCGCCACGACCACCACCAGCGGCUGCGACCACCGGAACCUGCUCUCCAAGGGGGGGUCGGGGUCUCCCUUCUAUGUUUGCAUUGAUACUUUGGCUCCACUUUUCCUGCUGUUCUUCUUUACGCAAAUCAUGAUAUAGGUAGUACGAGUACAUAAUGGCUUCUAAGGGACCAAGGUCUAAGCUUGAGCAUGAGACAAGAGCUAGGCGUCAAAAGGCUCUUGAAGCACCUAGAGAGCCCCAGCGUCCUAAAACUCAUUGGGAUCAUGUUUUAGAGGAAAUGGUCUGGUUGUCAAAGGACUUUGAGUCUGAGAGGAAAUGGAAAUUGGCUCAGGCGAAGAAGGUUGCAUUAAGAGCCAGCAAGGGCAUGUUGGACCAGGCCACCAGGGGAGAAAAGAAGUUGAAGGAAGAGGAACAGCGAUUGCGAAAAGUUGCACUUAAUAUUUCUAAGGACGUGAAGAAAUUCUGGAUGAAGAUAGAGAAACUGGUGCUUUACAAGCAUCAAAUGGAGCUUGAUGAGAAAAAGAAAAAGGCACUUGAUAAACAGCUUGAAUUUCUUUUAGGGCAAACUGAGAGGUACUCAACAAUGUUGGCAGAAAAUUUAGUGGACCCACAGAGGCCUGUGCAACAGUAUCCUGCUCAGCAUCAACUAAAUUCUCCUGGUAGAGCAGAUAUGAAUGAUGUUGGUGAACCUCUGGAAUUGAAUGCUGAUGCUGAUGAAGAUUUUGAUGUGCACUCUGAAGAAGAAUCAGAAGAUGAUGAGCAAACAAUGGAGGAAGAUGAGGCUCUUAUAACUGCAGAAGAAAGACAAGAAGAAUUGGCAGCUUUGCACAGUGAAAUUGAACUUCCACUUGAGGAGCUCCUUAAACGUUAUGAUGUGGAAAGAGUUAGCAGAGAAAGUAGUCCAGAAAAGAGGGAGGAUGCAAUUGAGACAAUAUCAGUGAAAGACAAUAACAGCAAUGGAACCUGUGUUUCUGCUUCCAGUAAAAUUGACACAGCCAACUCGCUUGAUCGUCGUUCUAAUGAAAGCAACGGUGGCUUGUCAUUAGACAUUGAGGCAUCUCCCCCUAGAAAUCUGUCAGAAAGCUCUGGGGAGCUAGCCAAAGAAGAUGUUCCAUAUGAUUUCAGCGAUGAGCAGGAAGAUGGUGAUUUUACCCUUGCUGGAGAAGAGAAGGUAUAUAAUAUGGUAGCAUACUUGUUCUCUUAUUUUUUGGUUAUGGGUUCUCUUUUCUGUUCUGAUACCAAAGGAAGGCAGCUUUAUGGUGGCUAUGUUGUUUGUAGGGGAUGCCUGUUGUCAAAGUUUUCUACUCUAGUUCGUAUGCUGCAGCAUUGUAGUAUAUUCACAGCUAAAAAGUUGUGGGGUUCAGUUGAUGUAGAAGCUGCUUUGAAAUAUGCAGAAGAUGAAGCAGAUUACAUGGCACUGAAGAAAGUUGAACAGGAAGAGGCUGUCGACAACCAGGAGUUUACAGAGGAAGCCAUGAGCAAAGUGGAAGAUGAUGAGUUUGUAAAUGAGGAUGAUAUGAAGGCUGAUGAGUCAGCUGAUCAGGGUGGAUUAAUGACAGCUUCAAUUAAAGAUAAUGGGCUGAUAUUAAAUGGGGGUGGUCCUAUUGAAGAGAAAGCUCUCACUUUUGCUGGCAAAGAAGAGGAUGUUGAUAUGCUGGCUGAUGUCAAGCAGAUGGCAGCAGCUGCUGCAGCAGCAGGACAAGCUAUCUCAUCCUUGGAGAAUCAAUUAAGACCAAUUGAUCGAUAUGCAAUCCGUUUUCUGGAAUUAUGGGAUCCCCUCAUAGACAAGGGAGCAACGGAAUCUGAAGCUAGAUUUGAGGAGGCAGAAUGGGAACUUGAUCGCAUUGAGAAGUACAAGGAGGAAAUGGAAGCUGAGAUUGAUGACGAUGAGGAACCUCUAGUGUAUGAGAAAUGGGAUGCUGAUUUUGCUACAGAAGCAUAUCGACAGCAGGUUGCUUUGGCGCAACAUCAGUUAAUGGAAGAACUGGAAUAUGAAGCCAAAGAGAAGGAAGAGGCAGAUGAUGGGAAUUUUGAUGCUAUGAAUGAGAUGGUAAGUGAACCUAAACCAAAAUCUAAGAAGAAGAAGAAGCCAAAGAAAGCCAAAUUUAAAUCUCUGAAGAAGGGAUCUUUAAGUUCUGAAGUGAAACCUGCAAAAGAAGAGCCAAAAGCAGAACCUAUGUCCCUCGAUGAUGAUGUUAACUCACAUGAAGAGCUCUCUUAUUCGGAUAUUGCAUCACCAUCUUAUCAUGUGCCGAAAAAACGUAAGAAGGUUGAGAUAGGGCAUGAUGCCGAAGAAGGGAAGAGCACUAAGAAGAAGCCUAAAAAACUAAAGAAACCUCCUGACCUACGUCCUGUAGACUGGGAUCCAAAUGCAAUUCGUAAGAGGAAUGAUGACUGUGCAGAGGUAAAACCAUGUGAGAGCCUUGCGGUUGAGUUUGAGCAGAAACCUGCUAGCAGGAGUAAAACAGGAGGAAAAAUUUCCAUUACUUCCAUGCCUGUAAAGCGAGUCUUAAUGAUAAAACCAGAGAAAUUGAAGAAGGGUAAUAUUUGGUCAAGAGAUUGUGUUCCAUCACCUGAUUCUUGGUUGCCGCAGGAGGAUGCUAUAUUAUGUGCAGUUGUGCAUGAAUAUGGCCCUCAUUGGAGUUUGGUUAGUGAAACACUCUACAGCAUGACUGCUGGUGGCUUUUACAGGGGAAGAUAUCGCCAUCCAGUUCAUUGUUGUGAGAGGUACCGGGAACUAAUUCAACGACAUAUUUUGGCUGCACCAGACAGUUCAGUUAAUGAAAAAUUCAGCAAUGCAGGCUCUGGAAAAGCUCUUCUCAAAGUAACAGAGGAUAACAUUCGAAUGCUGUUAAACUUUGCUGCUGGGCAGCCAGAUCAUGAGUUACUAGUUCAAAAGCACUUCACUGCCUUACUUUCGUCUGUAUGGAGGGUGAAGUCUCGCCCUGAGAAUCGACAAAAUGUCUCAUCAUCUCGGAAUGGUGUUCGUUUAGGGGGAAGGUUCCUCAGUCCUUUUCUGAGCCACACACCUCAGGGUUCUGCAAAGGAACCAGCACAGAGGAUGAAAUUUACAAAUUUGCAGGAGUGUAGCAAGUUGUUAUCAGCUGCACUCCAUGAUGCCAGUAAUAGACAGCGGAGUGACACAGUUUCCUCCUCUGAUAGGAGAGAGGAUUCUUCCGUCAUUGCGGAAAGUUUAGAGAUAACACUGGAAAUACAGGAGAGUGGUGACUCUAUGAUUUCUUUCCCACCAGUAAUAAAUUUAUCAAUAUAUGGUUCAGAUCUUGUUACAUCUAGAAACGAGACUGCUGGAGAAGACCUCCAUCUCAAAGCUUCAAAAGUUGCUGCUGAGAACCGGUCUAGGGCAGCAGCUAGGGCUUGUGUUGGUGGUCUGGCUUGGGCUUCAUCUGCCUUCCCAGCAAAUGAUUCCAAGUCGCGGUCAGGGUCGAAAUUGCAGUCUUUGGGGAAGCACAAGCUGUCUGUCUCUGACACAAUAAGACCUAAAUCAAAACUGAAGAAGGCUUCAAUGGAGCAUGGUGAUGUACACAACUUACAUCCAGAGCAAGGGUUCCAGCCAGUGGCAACAAUUGCUCCGAAUGAUCCCAACUUAAGAUGUGACCUGACAUCUGUGACCAAUGACAGCAGUUCGGCUGAUGUUGUUGAUAGCGUUUGUUGCAGCAUGGAUGAGGCCCUUUCACUGGAAUCAGAGGGUUAUGAAGUGGUCCCACAUAAUUAUAUCCCCGGAUUUAUUUCAGGCCUGGAUGAUUGUUCGAUGCUCCCAGACUAUACUGACAUUGGGUAAGGUUAAUCCGAUUGCUCUAAAUUGCUUGAUGUUCUUGGUUGAAGCUUUAUUACGAUCGAUGGAGCUCAAAGUGAUUCUUUGAGCAAGCCAGAUCCUCGGCGCGGGGUACACUGUCAAUUGGAUCACCAUUUUUGGAUGCCGUAUGAGGAGGGGAGUGGCUACACAGGUUUGCUUGUUCACGCUCCAAAACUCAAUUUAACAUUUUUAGGCAAGGAGAGAGUGGGCAGAAGGAAGCCAGCCAAGGACGUCUACCCACCCACAUCACUGCUGAUGAAUUUGUCUCCAUUGCCAGAGGAUCCAAUUAGGUGAAGUGAAUAUAGAAAACGUAGCACUAAUUUUUUGUAAUUAAUUAAUUAAUUAAUUAGCUAGCGGGACAACUUGGGCUUCGGUUGGGCAUUUUGUAUUACAGAUUUUGGCACAUAGAAAGGUAGUUCUAGUUAUUAUAAAAUGGGAAACGUUCUCGGCA